GAGUGAGGCGUCUUCGUACCAAGACAUGAACCACUAUCUUUGUAGCAAGCUGUAAACAGGAACGCAAGUGACCGAGGAACGCCGUUUUAAACAGGCUGUUUUAGCCGUCUAUCAAGAGUAACACCGCUCACUAUUCAAGAAAAAUGGAAGACGAUACCCUAACGACGCUGAAAAUACUGAUAAUAGGGGAGAGUGGUGUUGGGAAGUCCAGCCUUCUUUUGAGAUUCACUGAUGACACAUUUGACCCAGAGCAGACAGCAACAAUAGGUGUUGACUUCAAAGUGAAGACCAUCUCUGUGGACGGAAACAAGGCGAAGCUGGCGAUAUGGGACACCGCGGGACAGGAGCGCUUCCGAACCUUGACGCCCAGUUACUACCGCGGAGCCCAGGGAGUCAUCCUGGUGUAUGAUGUCACACGACGGGAAACCUUCACCAAGCUUGACAACUGGCUCAAUGAGCUGGAGACGUACUGCACCAGGAACGACCUGGUCAAAAUGCUUGUUGGAAAUAAAAUCGAUAAGGAAAACCACGAUCUAGACAGGGCAGAGGGGCUGAAGUUUGCACGAAAACAUUCCAUGCUUUUUAUAGAGGCGAGUGCAAAGACCCGAGACGGUGUUCAGUGUGCGUUCGAGGAGCUGGUGGAGAAGAUCAUCCAGACUCCGGGUUUAUGGCAGAGCGAGACCCACGGCCGAGGAGUCCAGCUCUCCGACGAGGACGCGGGGGGAGGAAGCUGCGGUGGCUACUGCUCCCUGGUGUAGACGACACAUACACAGACAUGCAUAUAAACACACAUGUUCAAACACACAUGGAGAUGCCACAUACAGUGCCAUACAAACAUACACAAGAACAGACCCCCGCCCCCCUCCCACUGUGUGCUGUCCUGAGCUGAGCUCCCUCCUCAGACAUGAAGGCAGUGGAGGUCUCCCGUCCACACACACACUACCUGUGUCCUCACAGACUUUUUGCACACUUUCUAAUAACAGCGCUGCGCUAAA